CUCGAGUUGGCAGCAAGCUGUCAAUUCUGUAAACCACACCUUCCCCUUCGUCUUUGCCGAAUGGCCAUGCGCGGCUGCAGACGGACAUCCCCAGCGGCGAUUCGGGAGACGGAGCUGCCCUAGCAACCCCGCGCGGAGCCAACCCGCGGACGGACAGAUCCACGAGGUGGGGAGGGGGGUAGGAUGAGAUAAGGUGGUGAGUGAGGUGUCGAGAAGAGAGGAGUCGCAAGAAGUCUGUCGAAAGGCACAGCGUGGCCCCCGCAAAAUCACAACAAAUGCAUUGGUGGGCUCAGUGGGAUUUUGGAAAGGCUUCCGUGGUGCGUAAUUGCGCUUUUCCAUACUGGUGGCCGUGAUAUCCCAUGCCUUUGUGCGGUGUCACUGCGAGCGAGUUCAGUUCCUGGAAUCCGCACCGCGAGCACCGUCAUCUGAGCUCACGGGGACAUCAAAGUGGGUAUUUUUAAUAUCAUGUGAUGAAGCAGACUUGUGUGAAAGAUGCAGUUGAGCCCACUCCCGGUGCUACCUUGGGCUUCAGCUAAUUCAGUGGGAAUCGGCAUCAUUGUUCAACCUCGUCUUUGUGUGUGUUGAGUUUUGUGAGGAGCCUUCGUUUUCCUCCGCGGAUGAAGUAGAAUCGUUUGUCUCUUGUUUGUCGGGGCUGCGUGAUCGAUAACAUCAUAACAGCAGCCAUGAAUGCCAGGACUGUGCCGCAGACUUAAGUGCUGGGAUCAGACUAGGAAGGGAGCAUCAGAAUGGGACAUCGCAGCGAGGCAUCUCUCAGGAUGAACCAUCGAUCGAGCCCGGCUAAGGCAUACGACUUUCUGCUCAAAUUCCUGUUGGUCGGAGACAGCGAUGUGGGGAAGGGGGAGAUCUUGUCGAGCCUUCAGGAUGGAGCAAGAGAGUCUCCGUACGGAUACAACAUGGGAAUCGAUUACAAGACCACCACUAUUCUACUGGAUGGGAGGCGGGUAAAACUUCAGCUCUGGGACACUUCUGGCCAGGGAAGAUUCUGCACCAUCUUCCGAUCAUACUCACGAGGAGCACAGGGAGUAAUCCUGGUGUAUGACAUCACUAAUCGCUGGUCAUUUGAUGGCAUUGAUAGAUGGAUCAAAGAGAUUGACGAGCAUGCUCCAGGUGUGCCCAAGAUCCUGGUGGGGAACCGCCUGCACCUGGCCUACAAGCGGCAGGUGACCACGGAGCACGCUCAGGUGUACGCCGAGCGCCUGGGCGUGACCUUCUUCGAGGUCAGCCCCCUGUGCAACUUCAACAUCACGGAGUCGUUCACGGAGCUGGCGCGGAUUGUGCUCACGCGCCACGGCAUGCAGAGACUCUGGAGGCCCAGCAAAGUCUUGAGUCUGCAGGACCUGUGUUGUCGCUCCAUCGUGUCCUGUACGCCGGUGCACCUGGUGGACAAGCUGCCGUUGCCGCUGGCUCUGAAGAGCCACCUGAAGUCCUUCAGCAUGGCCAACGGGCUGAAUGCCCGCAUGAUGCACGGCCGCUCGUACUCGCUUCUGCCCGCCGCCAGCACCAAGAAGAGACCCGGCGCCUCCAAGAAGAACAAGAUAUUGCGCCCCCAACUGGCCGUGGCACACUCCUGCGCCCGCACCAGCUGCAAGAUCUCCUAGAGACAGGCACGUGAAGGGGGAGAGCGCUCGCUUCAGACACACACACACACACACACACACAUACACACACACACACACACUCAGACUCUCAGCACCAGAGCUACCGCUGCCUAAAGAAGGCAACACCUGUGCAGCCGUGUUGCUGCUGUUGAUGGUGCUGGUGGCCGGGCAGAGGGCUGGACGCUGGCGUGCCCUGGCGUGGAGACGCUCCAAUGCUCCAUGUUCAGAAUGGUGUUUAGAAGCUCGGACAGACCCGGGCUGGAGAGAGUCUCAUGGCGAGCUGAAUGCGCCUGGAGGAGUUACAUUGACUCCUAAAAGAGUUACACUGACUCCUGAAAGAGUUACAUUGACUCCUAAAAGAGUUACACUGACUCCUAAAAGAGUUACAUUGACUCCUAAAAGAGUUACAUUGACUCCUGAAAGAGUUACACUGACUCCUUGAAGACUGACUACUGGAGGAAUUACAUUGACUCCUGGAGGAGUUACAUUGAUUCCUGUAAGAGUUACAUUGACUCCUGGAGGAGUUACAUUGACUGCUGAAGGAGUUACGUUGACUGCUGGAGGUGUAUAAUUAACUCCUGCUGCUGCUGAAGUAGCUGAAUGUGAAUCCUUUCGUGUCUGGAGAGAGUUAGACUGACCGAGGGGAUGGGCAGGGAAGGGAGGGGCAUGGAGGUGCGGAUGUGUUCUUUGUGAUGAUGUGCAGUAGUUGUGUGUUUCGUGUGCACCGUUUAAACGUAGCGUACAGAUGUGGACACUCAGCAAUCACCACGGCAAGACCUCACCAAGAUGGCGGCUGACCUCGGGAGGGAUCUGACCCUCAUCCUGCAGACCAGAGACACGGCACAUUUUUAUUAAUUUAGCAGAUGCUUUUAUCCAAAGCACCUUGCAGUUUGAUGUGGUCGUACAUUGUUAUGCUAGCUGGGUCUUUAACUCCUGACCUUAGUGUUUACUAGAACCUUACUUUAGCAGCUGUGAGCUCCAGGAACCAUGCGGAACAGGACUCGAUCCACUUCACGGUCGUCCAAUAACAGGAAACACCCAGUCUCAGAAAAGCAUUAAUCGUGUCAGUUUGCAUUUUGGACGAAUUCUUUUUUAAGGAUGAUUAAUAUGUCUGCUUUUUACAGAGCCAUAGGGCCAACUCAGCUCAGUCUAUCACACAGAGAUUCCUUUCUAUCCCAGUGUGUGCUGCUGGCCUCUCAGUAUUGGUCAGUGCAACACUUUGUAAUCUGUAUUUCCGUCCAGCGUGGUUUGAUACUUUACUGCAUUGAUUUCUCUACACAGUGGUUGAUUCAUGUGUUGACUUUUGUAUUGAGACACCAAAGAAUGCUAUGGUCCUCAUGCAGUAUGGAGAAGGGGAGUCAUGGCCCCCUGAGCCACCGUUUGGAAUAAACACAAAAACAAACA